GUUAAAACCUAACACCUCUAACUCUUCCCAUGGCAUCAUCUCACAAUAACUUCUUCUUCAUUUCGUUAUUAAUCACAGUACUAGCUGCAGAAGAAAAGUAGCUCAUAGACAUGGGCGUUCUCGGAGCUAUGGCAAGGAAUUUGGAUGCACUCGUUGGGCCAGGACUGAUGCUUCUUUAUCCCUUAUACGCGUCAAUGCGAGCCAUCGAGAGCCCUACAACACUAGAUGAUCAACAAUGGCUAACCUACUGGGUUCUCUACUCACUCAUAACACUCUUCGAGCUAUCCUGUUGGCAGGUCCUCCAAUGGCUGCCGUUUUGGCCAUACGUGAAGCUGGUGUUCUGCAUGUGGUUGGUGUUACCGUUCUUCAAUGGGGCAGCUUACAUAUACGCAAACAUUGUAAGAAAGUAUAUCAAAGUUGGAAGCCACGUGAGCUCAAAUCACCCUGAGAGCCAGAGGAAAGUCCUUCAGAUGAUGAGCCUCGACGCCAGGAAAUCCGUGGAGAAGUACAUUGAAAAAUAUGGAGAAGAUGCCUUUGACCGAGUAGUUAAAGCGGCUGAAAAAGAAGCAAAGAAACAUUGAGGAGGGAGACUGAGCUGAAUCUUUGGACUGGAUAAUACCGGCCUUGUGCAUUAAUUAACUUGUAACGAAAAAGAAAACAACGAUAUGGCAGCUGGACUAGGGAGAAUGAUACAUACAUACAUGCAAACAUUUUAGAUACCGACAACAUAUAUGUGUGUAGUUGUUCCUUAAUUGUACUAUGAUAUACUAGAAUCUUUUGACGUGUAA